UUUGCAUCACCCCUCCUUCGUUCCCAGUGGCCAACUUUCUUUAAUUUCUCUCUUUUACUCAUCCUAAUUAAACAUGAUGCACACCAUGUUUGCGUGCCUCAAUAAAAUAGUACAAGAACAACUCAAAGUCAAGAAGGCAGUGUACAGAGAUGAGUUAAUAACCAAAAAGAAACCUCCAACUCUGCCAAGCAAGGCAGUGAAGAAAAGUGUCCGUUUUGCGGACUCAGACCCUUCCAUAUUUGGAGAAGAUCACAAUGAGAAGAAGUUGGCGAAAGGAAGGUGUAGUGGAGGUGAUGAAUUAGGAGGAAUUAGAGUGAAGCUAAAGAUGACAAAGGAUGAAGCGGCUCGGUUGCUAUCAAAAUGCAAAGAAGGAGGAGUUCUUGAAUUCAAGGAUGUUGCUCGUGAGCUUGUGGCCCUCCCUCUGAACCGAGUUAGUGUUGUGUCUGUUUUACACGAACGAUAAUUAAUGAUCCAUUUCUCAAGCUCUAGCUUACUCCUACCUGAUCAAUAUGUUCAAGUUGUAAUAUUAGUGAGCGAGAUUUUCAGAAAACUAUAUAUAUAUGUAGCAGUGUUCUCUAUCUAGGAAGACUGCUAAAUAUUCUAUAGUUUUAUGCUAGAGUAGACUAUGAGAGGGUGAAGUAAAUUCGUGCAUGUAAUUAUGUAUGAUAGUGAAUUUUUACUCAUAUUACAUAAGAAAGUUUGUUAGUCCUAGCCUUAUGUACAAGGGUAUAUUAGAGUUAUACAAAUUAUAGAUGAGAUCGAUACAAUAGUUAUUGGGAAGUCGGUUAUACACUUGCUGGCUUUAUAAAAACUCUAUCUAUUGUGUUCUUGUAAAAUAAGUUUUAUCAUCUAAAUACAAUUCUAUUUCCAGUUCUGUAUAUA